GUUUUAAAGAGGAGCCCUGCCCUCAAACGUGGCGUCGUGGGUCUUUCGUGCCUUCCCUGGGAUCAGCGACCAAGGACUGGCGCUGGCUGGGAGACUACACCCAACAGCUGACCCAGUCCUCGUGUACCGAGCCCGCACUGGCAUCUGUGAUCCAUCAUAGACAUCUGGCUUUUGAGCCCUCACGAUUGAGGGUCCCUGAUUUGCAGCCCCCAGGAAGGAAGCUCGAGAGGACAGCGCGCCUUUGCCCACACCUGUUGUCCCCCGCUCCCCAGGUCACGCCCUGCCUUUGAGGUGCAUCAUCUGACAAGUCACCCCGCUACCUACAGACCAUUUACACCCACAUGCGAGUUAACUUCGUUAUAAACUUCCUUAAUUUGAGACCCGUCCCCUUCUCGUUUUCAGUGCUCUUUAUUCCCCGGUUCAAUCUUAACCCGUAAAAUUGUUUGGAGCUUCUGAUAUCCUGCAGAAAGACUGCUUUUAAAACAGAGCAUUCAUUUGAUCAGGAAAAAGUUCAUGUCUUACUAGGGAGUUUGUAGGAAAAGUGAAACCCAGUACACACAGGAAAGAAUGGCUGAGCAUGGGGCUCACAUUACAACUGCUUCUGUGGUGGAUGACCAGCCAUCUAUCUUUGAGGUGGUAGCACAGGACAGUUUAAUGACAGCGGUGAGACCUGCCCUUCAGCAUGUGGUCAAGAUUCUUGCAGAAUCAAAUCCUGCCCGCUAUGGCUUCUUUUGGAGGUGGUUUGAUGAAAUAUUUACUCUGCUAGACCUUCUGCUCCAGCAGCAUUAUCUAUCUAAAAGCAGUGCCUCAUUUUCUGAAAACUUUUAUGGCUUAAAACGGAUUGUAAUGGGGAACAAGCACAGUUUUCAGAGACUGGCCAGUGCUGGUCUCCCAAAAGAGCAGCUUUGGAAAUCAAUUAUGUUCCUGGUUCUUCUUCCCUAUAUGAAAGUGAAGCUGGAGAAGCUGGUUUCUAGCCUGAGAGACGAGGAUGAGUACUCCAUCCAUCCCCCUUCUUCCUGCUGGAAACGAUUCUACCGAGCUUUCCUGGCAGCCUACCCAUUUGUUAACAUGGCCUGGGAAGGCUGGUUUCUUGUGCAACAACUUCGAUACAUCCUAGGAAAAGCUCAGCAUCACUCGCCACUGCUGAGGCUGGCUGGAGUUCGGCUGGGUCGACUGACAGUUCAGGAUUUACAAGCUCUGGAGCAUAAACCAGCUGAAGUCAGCGUGAUGCAGCAUGUUAGUGUCAGUGAGAAGAUAAAGUCAGCACUGAAGAAAGCUGUGGGGGGUGUUGCCUUAUCCCUCUCCACUGGUCUUUCUGUGGGUGUCUUUUUCCUGCAGUUCCUUGACUGGUGGUACUCAUCUGAAAAUCAAGAAACCAUCAAAGCACUGACUGCCCUGCCUACUCCGCCACCUCCUAUACACCUGGACUAUAACGCUGAUUCUCCCCUAUUACCCAAAAUGAAGACUGUGUGCCCUCUGUGUCGUAAAACCAGGGUGAAUGAUACUGUUCUUGCCACCUCUGGCUAUGUGUUUUGUUAUCGCUGUGUGUUUAAUUACGUGAGGAGUCACCACACUUGUCCCAUCACAGGUUAUCCGACAGAAGUACAACACCUGAUUAAAUUGUACUCUCCUGAGAACUGAAAGGAAUUAACAUCUCACAACAAAACUAUUGCAUAGGGCUAGUUUUCAGCAUUGUUUGAUACUUUUCAGCCUCAAUUCAUAACUAUAUGUACUUUAAAAAACUGUAUGAACUUCUUUAAAAGGAUAUAGCCAUUUGAUCCUAACCUUUUAACCUGCUUUCUAAACCCCUACUUACGGUUGACCAAGGUGGUUAGAGUAGAAGAAUCAGGAUUAGCAAGGAAAGUGAGAGCCAGCAUAUAAGUGGAUAAAAGAGGAUAAUUAGUACUGAAGCUUUUCCUAUCCCUUUCUUUAAAGAACAAGAAGUAUAGAAGCUUUCAGGAAAAAACAAAGCUAGACUUCAAAGUGGGUGGUGAGGGGAAAGCAGGCCUUCUCUUUAGAGCCUUUACUUGCUAGUGAUGGGGAGGUUUCAUCAGUUUGCAAACAAUGAAUUGUGGACUUGGCUUCUUUAGAAAAACAUCUCCUUCCCAUAUACUGGGACCUAUUUAUUAAGUGAUGUCUAAUAUAGUUUAUCAACUUUUAAAAUUCCCUUAUGAGCCACACUUAUAUCUUUCUUGGAAACUGGUUAAAGGAAAAUAGGGGUUGAAUGUUUAGAGUAGUCUGAAAAUUUCAGUGUCAAAGCAAAGCUAACAAGCAAUGAAUAGGUGAACUAAAAUACUGAUCUAACUACGACUGUGUAAAGAAAAGAUCUUCUGAUGAACUCUCCUUGCUUGCUGUUUCAAUAAGAGUUUACUAAAUUGGCAGGAUUUAUGCUGGCUAUCAUUGAAGUUUCUAUGAAGCAUUUAAGUGGGUUUUAAGAAUACGUGUAUUGUCACAAUUAUUUGGAAACUUAAAGAUUACUUGAGGUGUUUAAAAUAAAAUUUUCAU